AUCGAAAUGAGUGUGUGGAGAACCCAGGAGUGUGUAGCCCAGGCCAGUGUAUUGAUACGUUGGGAAGCUAUCGCUGUAUCUGCCCCAAUGGUUUCAAGGCUACAUCAGACCUGGCCAUGUGUAUCGAUGUGGAUGAGUGUGAGAGACAGCCGUGUGGGAAUGGGACCUGUAAGAACACAGUGGGAUCCUAUAACUGCCUGUGUUACCCGGGCUUUCAGCUCUCACACAACAAUGACUGCAUAGAUACGGAUGAGUGUUCGAGCCAGAGAGGGCUGUGUAGGAACGGGAACUGUAUUAACACCCUGGGCUCCUUCGUGUGUGUGUGUCGCGAUGGCUACGAACUCAGCGCCGACGGAAGAAUUUGUGUUGACAUCAAUGAGUGUGCAGUGAACCCUGGGACUUGUGGUCCAGGCACCUGUCAGAAUCUGGACGGCUCCUACAGGUGUAUCUGCCCACUUGGCUACUAUAUACAGGACGAGACCUGUGAAGAUAUUGAUGAGUGUUCUCAGACCCCAGACAUCUGUCUGUUUGGGACCUGCUCCAACACUGAGGGCAGCUUCACCUGUGUGUGUCCCGCCGGCUUUCAGCUGUCCUCCUCGGGACGCAGAUGCGUGGAUGUCCGUGUGAACUACUGUUAUACUAAGUUUGAGAGUGGUCGCUGCCUGGCCCCUAAGCCUCUGAACACGACUAAAGGGGACUGCUGCUGUAGUGCCAUGCCUGGUCAGGGCUGGGGAGACCCCUGUGAGAUCUGCCCAGGCAAGAAUGAGGAGGCCUUUACGUCUCUCUGCCAUGCGGUUGGACAGGUGUUUGGCCCUGAUGACCAGCCCAUAGACAUUGAUGAGUGCACCGCCAACCCCAACAUCUGCAACAACGGUCAGUGUAUCAACACGGACGGGUCGUUCCGAUGUGAGUGUCCCUUUGGCUUCCGACUCGACACCUCAGGGAUCAACUGUGAAGAUACUAAUGAGUGUGACCUGGGGAACCCGUGUGGAAAUGGAACGUGCACUAACGUGAUUGGAGCGUUUGAGUGUGCAUGUGACGAAGGCUUCGAACCCGGACCCAUGAUGUCUUGUGAAGAUGUGAAUGAGUGUUCCCAGAAUCCUUUGCUGUGUGCGUUCCGCUGCAUGAACGUGAUUGGUUCCUACGAGUGUAAAUGUCCAACAGGCUACGUGCUGCGAGAGGACAAGAGGAUGUGCAAAG